ACAACCUCAGACUCACACAACUGAGCGUGCACACACACUCAGACGUGCUGCAAACUCUCCACAGGAAACUCUGAGCCAUAAUGCGAAGGCACCUCAGAGCAGACGGGUGCAUUGCUCAAACCAAGUGGGAUACGGUGCGGCUUUGAUAGUGCGUUAAUUACUCAUGUGAUGUGAUACAGAUGUCUGGGGGCUUCAGCUGAAAGUUUGCCUGACGCUUUCCAAGGGGGCCAGGCAGACAUUUUAGAAGCGUGAUACAUCGGGACGGUCUUUCAGUCAGUGAUAUCAAAGCGCUCAACGCCGUCCCAUAAUGGGCACUCCGGUUGGACAUAUGUUUUUGCUAAUGGCCUGUAUGGCAGCCAGAGGAAUCUGCCAGAUAAACAGAGCUGAAGCAGAGCAGGACCCUCUCCCCAGCUUUCUCGUCCACUCCACCCUCCAGUCCGGUCUCUACAGCACUGUCAGUCCAAGCGUGGGGCCUGGCGUCCACCAGUGGGCCCCAGGAGCUGAUGCACAAGCAGUGGUAUCUGGCUCUGGCAAUGUAACUGCCAUAAAGAAGCCACCUAACUGCAGUAAACCUACCUUUAUUAACAUGCAUUUUAAGUACAUCAACACCGUCAUUUCCGUUAUAGUCUUUGUGGUCGGAAUAGUGGGCAAUGCCACCCUGCUGAGGAUUAUUUACCAGCACAAAUGCAUGAGGAACGGACCCAACGCCCUCAUUGCCAGCCUGGCUCUGGGUGACCUUAUCUACAUUGUCAUUGAUAUGCCCAUCAAUGUAUACAAGCUCCUGGCUUCACGCUUCCCGUUCGAUGACAGUAUUAUCGGCCUGUGCCUGUGUAAGUUUGUUCCCUUCCUGCAGAAAGCCUCUGUGGGCAUCACCGUGCUCAACCUGUGCGCCCUCAGCGUGGACAGAUACCGGGCUGUGGCAUCGUGGAGCAGAGUGCAGGGAGUGGGCAUCCCUCCAAUCACCGUCAUUGAGAUUGUGUCUAUCUGGGUGCUUUCACUCAUCCUGGCAGUGCCGGAGGCCAUUGGUUUCAACAUAAUCACCUUCAACUAUGGCAACAACACCAUACGCACUUGCAUGCUUAAACCCCAAAGUGCCUUCAUGGAGUUCUACAGAGAUGCAAAGGACUGGUGGCUGUUUGGCUUCUACUUUUGUGUACCACUGAUUUGCACAGCGAUCUUCUACACUCUGAUGACCUGCGAGAUGCUCAAUCGCAGGAAUGGCAGCCUUCGGAUUGCUCUCAGUGAGCACCUCAAACAGAGGAGAGAGGUGGCCAAAGCUGUCUUUUGCCUUGUCCUCAUCUUUGCCCUCUGCUGGUUCCCGCUGCACCUCAGCAGGAUUCUUAAGAAGAUGAUUUACAACCAGGAAGAGAAGAUGCGAUGUGAGCUGCUCAACUUCUUGUUGAUCCUGGACUAUUUCAGCAUCAACCUUGCUACUAUCAACUCCUGCAUAAAUCCCAUUAUUCUCUACUUUGUCAGCAAGAAGUUCAAAAACUGCUUCAAGUCGUGUUUGUGCUGCUGGUGUUACUCUGACAGUCAGCUGAACAGCACUGGACCCAUGAAUGGCACCAGUUUCCAGUGUAAAAGUCCAGAGCCCAACAACCUCCACACUGACCGCAGCAUCAGAAAGGACAGCAACUGACUCGCUAACUGAGGAGUGUGUUUGAAGCUUUUCAGUAUCCCCAGCAAGUGUUUAAAAUGCGACUAAUACUCAUACUAUAAUACAUAUCGCAAAAAUUUACUUUGUCAGACAAUAUUCUAUGUGAGGACUAUGGAAGCAAAACAUGAAUCUGGCAGGGAUGCAUUAGGAACUGGAAUUAAAGGGAUUAAAAUGGACUGGGGAAACUUCAACGCACUGAUGUUUCAUGAGCCUCUCAGCAGACUAAACUUCCUCCAACAAACUCCUUCUGUUCCCACACCCACGGAUAGUGACGCUAUAGUUUGAGAGAAGAAUCGAAAGAGGAAAGCAGCAGGAGGAGAACAUUUAAAGGGAAGCAGCUGAACCUGACUAUAAAUUGCUCUCUAUCAGGAGUUAAGUGUGCUAUUCCUGUAAAGGGCAGCGCCACUGGGAAGGGUGUUGCAGGAAGGAAAAAGCUGACAGUUUUCCAUCAGAGGGGAUGGUGGGUGAUGAGUCCCCUGGAGUUUGCUACUUACUGACAAUGAAAAACAGAAAAGCAUGUUACUUGCAGUUGUUGUCCAGUGUAUUUGACUCAUACUCAUUGCUCUCUGAGUUACUUUGUGGUAUAAACUAGAGGAUGUUUUUGAGCUUAUUCACUUUAUGUUUGACUCCCACUGCUUUUUGUGAGUUAUCAAAAAUGCCUCUGAACAAAAUAAUGCUUUUCUACAUCGACAAAAACACAAUUUCCAUAGGGUUGCAGGUUUCAGAGCAAAGAGAUAAUGCGCAACUAUGUAUUUUGACAGGUCAUUCAAAUGACUAAUAUGAAGUAGAUUUAAACCAUUGUGAAAAAUCUCACCAUUGACUAAAACAGACUCCUGCAACACUGUGAAUUUCACCACUCAAAUCAACAGUUUUAGUGACAUCCCUGCUUCACAACCCAUUGCACAUAUAUAUACUCAUAUAGUGACCACUUUUAUAAAGUGUUAGACUGCAGUAACAGUAUUGUACUCAGCCUAUAUUACCUUUGUAAUGACAUAGGCAAUGGAUGUUUUGUGAGAUGGUAAAUACUCCACAGUUAAGCUGCAGGUUCGCAUUUUGGGAAAUAUGCAUAAUUGCUUUCUUGCCAGUCAUUUAAUGAAAUAAUUCUUAUGCUAGUGCAUUAUGAAGCUAUAGCUAGCACCAAGUUAGCUUAGCUUAGCAAAAAGACUGGAAACAAGGGAAAACAGAUGGCCUGACUUGGUCCAAAGCUAACAAGAUCCACCUCUAUUUUAAUACAUUUUUAUUUCAUUUAUAUAAUGCAUCCACGUAUACUUGUAUGCUUCGCUGGAAGGACAUGACUGCUCAAAAGAGAAGAACAUUAAGCUAGCUAAUGAUACCGCCAUAUCUCCAAAACCUAUUUUGACUAUUUGUUAAAUCAUAAUGUCUUAGGUUUUACUUAAAUGAGUGUUAAGAAAAGAAUGGGCAUGCAGGUUUUUAGACUUAUUGCAAGGCAUUUUUGAUGAAGCUAAUGACAGGUUUAGCCUUGUUAUUUACCCUUAACUAAGUGAUUUUUAGCAACUUUGUCAAGCAGAAAUAUGUGAUGAGUAAUUAUGUAAAGAAUCCUCUUGUACAAGAGGGUUAAAAAUCUGGGCUGUUUCUCAUCUGUGUGUAAUUGUCUGGAUGACCUAACCUAAUCUAGAGCUUAUGGGCUAUGAGCCCUUCACUUUAUGGUGUUGUAGCCCAUCACGGCUCACAAUGGGCCCCCAGUGGACAACCACAGCUCUAGUUGCAUGUGUCAGCCCUCUUGUAUAUUUUCCAACCCAUCAUAUGGUGCCAAAGUUGAAAUGAGUUUAACUAAUUGUCUGCCAGCCUUGUGUGGCUUUCUAAUUUUCCUUCAUGUUCCCUGAAAUCCAAAUCGCUGCUAGUUUCUUUCUGUGUCUAUGUUCCUCACAUUUACCCACUGAUGGCUGAAGACUCGAUUUUCAGCUCGACCACGGCAGAAAAGUGAAGAGGGGUAUUUCCUAAAAUGUUGAUCUAGUGUUUUUAUAUAGAACCCGUGUCCCACCACAAAACAACUGUAACACCUUAUUCUAUUUGAUGUGUGAACACCGUUGAUCUCAAAAGAUACAAAGACUGGGCAAUAAGCUGUAGUCUCUGCCAUCUUUCUCAAGGGCGAGUAUGUAAAGCAACAGAAGUUACAAAGUUACGAGCUGGUUGAUUCUCCAAUCAACAGAACUUGAUAGAUAAAGACGUAAUGCAUUAAUUAACUGAGUAACUGAGUAUGGAAGGUAAUUUCAGGUAAUAUAGAUUUCCAAGCUCUUCUUUCUCUGUCAUGAAGCUGCCGCACCAACCCAGAGCCCCUAGAAAGAUGGCAGUGAUAUGUUAAGGCGAUAGUGUUCUGUGAUAGAUAUUUGUAAACCUGUGUAAGUUUGAAUGUGGACUAUCAUGUGUGUGAGUGUGUGCUGUGUCUGCAAUCACUAGUUAAUUGGAGUGUUUUGUACACUUAUGUACAGAUUAGUUCAUAUCUGUACAGUAUUAUGUUACCACUACUCAAAAGUCAUUCAUAAUAUUCUGUAAAAAAAAAAAAAAAAAA